GAGUUGAUUGAUUUGUCUAGAAGUUUGUUAUUUUAUGGUGAAAAGUUUAAUUGAUAAAUAAGAUAUAAAUUGGGUUGGUUCUCUUAAAUAUGGAGAAAUGGAAUAAUAGCUGCCGUGCUUGCCUAUCGACGUCGGAAUCCUUCACGUACUUCUUAUAUGAAAACAUUUCACCCGAAGUCUAUUGCUUUUGUACUUCCCUUGAGGUAAAGCAAGAUGCACUUCCUAAAUCAAUUUGCAACAGUUGUUAUGGCUUACUCACAAAAUUAUCAGAGUUUAAAAAGUUAUGUAUACAAUCAGAGAACAUAUUAUAUAAUAUUUUUAACAAUAGUGAGCCCGAAAGCAAGAAUUAUCUUAACUUAAAAUCAGAACUUGAAGGGAAUGAAUAUGAAGAAAACCUUGAAAGUAAUGUAUUUGUGAAGAAUGAAGAUUUGGCUGAUAUAGAUGAUAUAGAAACCGAUUUUUGCAAUGAUGUUUAUGAAGAAGAUAGACAUGAAACAGUUUAUACACACAACACAAAAAAUUAUAAGACAGAAACUAGAAAGAAAUAUGCAAAGCCAGUAUCAAAAUUAAAGAAGACAAGAAAAAAGUUUGAAUUCACAUGUGAAUUGUGUUACAAAAAAUUUGGCUUUAAAGAGCGGUUUGAAGCCCACUUGCUGGAGCAUGAAGGAAAAACAACUUCAAUAUACUGUGCACCAUGCAACAAAACAUUCACAACCUGGGGAGGUUUGAAGCGGCACAAUGACUGUGAACAUACGAGGCUGUCCCUCGACCAGCUGACCUGCAAGUUGUGCUCCAAGGUUUUUAAGAGCCCCCGCACACUGGCAAUACAUCGCACAACCCAUGGGGAGAGAAAGCUAAGGAUAUGCGACGUUUGUGGGAAGGGGUUUAAAAGUAAUUUGACUUUGAAGGCACACCUAGAAACACACAUAGAAAACCGCGAGCGUCGCUACACCUGCCAACACUGUGGCAAAAAGUUUCUCAGCAAAAAGACCUGCGCAUCCCACGCCGCGCGGCGCCACAGCGACCGCCGCUACAUCUGUCACCACUGCAACUACCCCUUUACGGACAAAAGCAACCUCGCCAAACACAUCAUGAUACAUGAAGGAAAACAACUACUACACAAAUGCGACUUAUGUCUCAAGACCUUCGCAGCACAUUCGUCUCUAGUCAUCCACAAAAGGAUACAUACUGGAGAAAAGCCAUUCGCCUGCAACUUUUGCCCGAAGAGCUUUUCUAAUAAACGAAUGUUAGUGGACCAUCAUAGGAUACAUACGGGUGAAAAGCCGCAUAAGUGCGCAGUGUGUGACCAGAGCUUUACGCAGCGCGGCACUAUGAAACGACAUAUGAAGGUGCAUGAAAGGAUAUCUACGUAAAAGAACUUGGAACAAUGUGGACACAAGUGACAUAAAAACGUUUGCCUAAUCUUCGGAAACGGGUAAAUAAAUUGAAAAAU